UGGCAGUGUGCAUGCGUAUUAAUAGUCGUACUCUUCCGCUCGACCAAAUUAACUUUUCAAAUCCCAAAAGCGAAGGGCAACAAAACCAAAGCCGAAACCCCACGGACGGGAAUCUGCCUUCCCUGCAAUUGCCAGAACCUUCUUCUCUUUCAUUACCUGGAAUCUCUCUCUCCCUCUCUAGUGUAGUAGUUGCAGAGCUCGAAGACAGAAAAGGGCUUUAGUAUUACUGUUUUUGGUGGUUUGAGCUUUGAUGGCGACGGACAAUGGCUUUGAUGGGGGCCCACUUUCAGGAGGGAGUUUUGCUCAGAUGCUUGAAUCUGGUGAUGUGGGUCCCUUUAUAGAGGAGGUCUUAAUCUACCCUUCGUCUUUGCCUGAUGAGACACGCUCGAAGAUGCUGCGUUUCGGGGACGACGGCCGAAACGAAGAGGUGAUGGGUUUUUUCGAAGCAGGGGCGGUGGCCCAGAAAUCUGGAAUUAGCGGUGGAGAUUCUUCUUCGACUUCUUCAAGCAGCGGCUGCAGUUUCUCUAAGUCGAGGAAAGCGAAGAGCGGAGAGGGGAGCAUGGAGGAGAAAAGACGAGUCGGGUCGGGUCCUGACUCUGUUCUCAAGUCGGGGACGGGUUCGGGUUCGCGUGCGUCAGCUGAGAACGGUGGGGAAACGCCUAAGAAGCACAAAACGGAGGUCGCUGCUUCCGCCGGACUAUUGAAAGUGAAGAAGGAGAAGCUGGGAGAACGAAUUACGGCAUUGCAGAAGCUCGUUUCACCCUACGGCAAGACAGACACGGCUUCUGUCCUUCACGAAGCGAUGGGAUACAUCAGAUUUUUGCACGACCAGGUUCAGGUGCUGAGUUCGCCGUACCUGCAGCGUCUACCAUCUUCUGCUCACCUGCAGGAGGGCGGAGAAGCGGUAUCGAAAUACGGACUGAGGAGUCGAGGACUAUGCCUGGUCCCAGUUGAGUCGACCGUACACGUGGCAAAAAGCAACGGCGCUGAUUUCUGGUCGACUGCUAUGGGAAGCCACCCCUCCACUCACUAAAAGCGUUCCUAGACCCUUUUUUUUUUUUACGCCUUUCAUCUUGGGAGAUGAUACGGUAGAACCGUCGGGAAACCAGUCAUGGCAGAGCCAUCUAUCGACCCUACACGUGGUAGUCUAAUGUAUCAAUCAGGACCAUCCAUCUAAUGGGCCCUAUCGUGGAUGGCCCACAGUUCCAAUACGAUGUCUAUCAGACCACUUUCCCUCACUGAACCUCGACCAUCAACCACCUCUGCUAAUUAUGCUAGUUUGAAAGCUGUUAUGUGGUGGUGAGUUGUGCAGGUUAGACCAGAUCCACUGGAUCAUCUCCCGAGUGAAUUUUGAGGGAUUUUGACCACUGCUUCCCUAUUUGCAACAGCAGUAGCUUCCAAAGCUUAAAAAAAAGGCGAAGAAAUUAAAAAGUAUGUAAUGUACAUGCUUAUGAGAAAAAUUAACUGAAUAUCCACACAAAAUCUGUUUUGGUUUUUGAACAUUGACAAGGGAAGGGAAUCCUCUUUGCAUGUCAA